GCGUCCAGUAACCAGGUCGCAGGCAAGUUUGCAGUUUAGAUCCAUUACCAAAUACACGAGAGCACGAAUUGACAGAAUCACCGAAACAAAUCAUGUCCAGCGAUUCCAGCAGCAGCUCCUGCUCGAGCUCAGAGAAUGACAGACGCAAGCGACGACACAAGAAACAUAAAAAGUCGGCAGAUAAAAAGCCAAAGAAAUCCAAGAAACACAAGCGUGAAAAGCGCCACAAAGAGGCAAAGCGUUCCAGGCAGGAUGAGCCGCAGCCUUUGCCACAGGCACAACCUCAACAGUUAAUGCCCGUGACUGUGCAUGAUUCUGCUGACAAUGCUGAUGCUUUUGGACCUGCAUUACCACCACAUCUGCUCAAACAAGCUCAAAAUGAUACAACACCAGCAGCAUUAAUAGGUCCCAUUAUCCCAAGUGAGCUAAUUAAAGCGACUGAAACUACUAUUAAGGAUAACUCUGACAGUGAGGAAGAUUUAGCUGGCAACUUUGGACCGCUGCCGCAUGCCACGCACGUACAGCUUGAGGAGAGAGCGCUCGCCAUGAAAUUAGCUGCUUUAGAUGGCGCUGGAUUGGGCUCAACUGGCACAGAGCAAGAUGUACGUGAAGAAUGGAUGCUUGAGCUGCCUGAAGUGGGGCUUAAAGGUGGCUUGGCAGCGCUCAAUAAUAUGAAGCGUACGUUUUAUCAAGGCAAAGAGCGUCCUGAUUUUAGCGAUCGCAGCUCCUGGACCAAGACCCCACAAAGUGCAGCAGCAGCAGCGGCUGCUGGUCCGAAGCCUUGCAGUUCAAAAGACUUGGAACAAAGCGCACAGGCAAGGUAUGAGCGUCAACGUGAUGAGGAACAAGAGCUCAUGGCCAAAAAACAUAAAAAGAAACAUAAGCGUGAGGAAUCGCUGGUGGAUAUACAUCAGAAGAAAUUGCGCAAAGAACAGCGGCAAAGGGAAAAGGAACUUAAAGCAGCAGGUGCAAAGGCUGAACGCCGUCCUUUUAGCCGCGAUGUGGACCUGAAGCUUAAUAAAAUCGAUUCAAAUCAAACAAAACAAAUUGUGGACAAGGCUAAAAUACUAAACACAAAAUUUUCUAGCGGACAUGCCAAGUAUCUCUAAGCAAUAUCUUUAAUCUUAAUAAAUAGUAGUAUAAUAAAAAAAAUGUAUGCAAGUCCAAUCUCAA